AUGCAUCGGUCGUGCAUUCUCGCCUUAAUCUCCGCCAUAGGAGCUGCCACCUCUCCUCUUGCCGCUGACAGCGGUCCCCCUGAACCUGUCCAAAAUGCGAACCACAUCUUCAACGCCAUCCACUCGUCUAUGAGACAAUGGGGCUCGGCACUCAACCACAACGGGCUGUCAUUCUUCCUGGCAGAAAUGCCACAGGGAACCAAACUCUACCACGGUGACGGCUAUCCAGAGCACAUCACCGGAGUCCGAUGGCUGGCCUUCGACCCCAAGCAUGCAUUUGCCUUCGCACGGUCAGGACCGAAGCGACCCGAGACACCCCCUCCGAAACUGUCAUCUGGCUCCCAGCAAGUGAUGGGCGGGGACCAAGAUGGACCAGCCGGGGAAGACAAUGGCGGAUGGCUCCACACCUACACUACGGCCAAGGAUCUUCGCCUCAUUCUUAUCGAUGGGAUGUCAGCUGGCAAAUCCAAGAUUGGGACUCUCGACCUGCAGGACCGGGUGCUAUUUGAAGAUAAGAUUAACGGUGGUGUCUUGCAGGAGAAUGUGCGUGCAGAGGCCGUGUGUCGGAUUGCAAGGGAAGAGUGGAAUGAUCGGGUGGAUGGGAUUAUUCGGCUGGCUUCGGGGUUCGAGGUGAUUCUCUGCAACUCAGAACAGAACUUGGAGCCUGUUCAUGUGGCGAGAGUGAGGUCAUCUAGUCUGAGUAAAGGGGGCAAUGAGAAGAAGGGAGGGAAACCGACCGAGGUCCUCCAAGUGAUGAGGGCCAGGUACAAUGGCAUCGGCGGUGAGCGGGUGGUCUUGAACUAUGAUCAUUUCGUCACGGCUUACAACUAUUCCCUGAAUCUUUUCCCGGACGACAGCACCGCCCCACGUCUUAACCACCUUCCAUUUGCGGAGUUGAAGCCCAUCCGCAAGAGCCUCACAUCCCUCGUAAUGGCACAUGAUGUCGGACACAGAAAGGUGAACUGGCAAGCGGUCACUGAUAUGAUUGUCCAGAAGUACAGCCACCCGCUGCGUGAGCUGGCUUCAAAACACCACCACCAUCACGGCGUGUUCUCUCGGGUUGCAGAGGUUGCACGCAUUUGGAAUACAUUCGUCGAUCAGGACAACAGAGAUAUUGACGAAGAAAUGGAGAGAUGCGCAACUCAGUUCAUCCCUACCAAUGCUGCUGAUGACUCGCUUGCUUAUCGUGCAGUUUAUGCUGUUAGCAGUCGAAUCUGCGCUUCGUUUGUCGAAGUCCUGGAGGCGAAAGAAUAUGAUGUCGCGGUUGAUGUCUUGCGAUCACUGAUGGACUAUUUGAGCUGGACAGUGUGGAAGGAGUGCCACGGCUGUCAUGACGAUGAGUUUUGUCAAAUCCCGAUCUGGCCUCAGGGAUCGUGGGACGACUUUGAGCACCCGCGUUGUCAGAAAUUCGAAUCAGCGUACCAGGGUCCUAAUGAUUUCUGGGGGCCCGUGUGGAGAUGA